AUGGCACGCAGCUCAUUCUCUUCAAUUGAGGCUGAAGCUUCCUUGGAAGGUGGAGCAUUCGGCUUUAAUGCUGCUGUCAGUGCUGGCUUCUCCCAGAGUGAGAGCAAUGCUCUGAGCACGCAAAGCACUUCUGACACUAGUACCAUGAACAUCACUUACAACUUCCCUCGCGUUGUUCUGUAUUUGGAUCAAUUUGGCGUUGACCUGUCGAAAGAAUGCGCGGAGGACAUGGCGGAUGUCAAGGAUGCGGCGUCCCUGAUCGCUUUCCAUCAUAAAUACGGUCACUUCUUUGCCACCCGGAUUGAGCUAGGAGGCAGGUUAUUCUCAUCCGAAAAGUUCUCCGCCCUUGGUUCAAGUACCGAAGAAGAGGCUGCCACGGCCAUGAAGAUUGCCGCUGCCGCAUCCUUCUCUUCCACCUAUGUGUCUGGAAGCGCCAAUUAUGGCCAAGAGGACCAGUCCAAAUCCCAGAGCUCCAAAUCCAACCGAAGCAUGCAGAGCGCUAUUUCAUGGCAGGCCCAAGGCGGAGACACGUUGCUGUGUAACAACCCGCCUGCAUGGUGUCCGACCGUUGCCCCGCCUCAGAAUUGGAGAGUUAUCAAGCAAGAGGAUGUUACCCCGCUCGGUGAAUUCAUCGGCCAGAUUCCUGGCUACGAGGAUAUCCCAGAUAAAUUCCAGCGCAUUGCGGAGGUUACAAGGAAGAAGGAGAUUGUUAGCUUCCGUAUCAGCCUUCAAGAUUACCAGAGACGGGACGCCAAGAAGCCUGAGUAUCUGUCACUGCAUCAUGCCUGGAAAAUCAUUGCUCUGGAAGAGACCAGCUUGUUCAAUGUUUUCGACGUUGAAGUUGAGACGCUGCUGAACCAAGCCCCCGCAAUCGAAUUCAGAAAACGGUAUCAUCUUUACAACCGGAAACGGGACCUUUGGCUCCGAGCUUUCACAAUCACCGUCAAGGGUGAAGAGGUUACUCUGCUCGCUGCCGGGCCCAAGAAUCAGGCGACUUUGUUCGAGUUCCGAGAUAAACAGCGAGAGGGCCCGAUGCGAAAUGGUGACAGCUGUAGCUUGAUGGUCUACGGGCCUGACGGAAAGCAAAAAGGUCUGAUGGCCCUGGCAUUGAAGGGAGAUGGCAGUUCCAUUGGCGCGAUGCCCUACAGCGUCAGUAACGAGAAGUGGUUGCGUUUCUCGAGUUUGUCGAUUGUGGACCAGGAAGAUGUGCCAGUCUAG